UAAUCAAUCCUUAAAAAAAAUUUAAUCUGAAAGUACAUUUCUGCCACCUAUCUUCUAUUCGGUAUAAUAAAGAAUGAGAGUGAUACAGAGAUGAAUUCUAGUUCAGGGUUUUGAAAGGCCAACCAGCUUUAGGGCAGUGCUCAAGCUUACAGUGUUAACAAGAUAGCACAAUUUGAUAUGUGGUUCCUGCCAACCAACUUUAGAAAUAAUUCCAUGUUCGUGAGAAGUCUGCAAGAACCACAAACCAAACCUCAAAAUAGAUUCGAAGAAAAAAUACUCUUAGAAAAAAUUUCCCUUCCUAUCAGAAGCAGACCAGAAGGAAGCUUACGCUCCCACUUACAAGUUCCCCAGAAAGCUUCAUCUAGAAGGUUGUUACUUUCUUCAGACACACAGCGGGUCACUCUUUUCUGAGGCUCUUGCCUCUUCCAUGGCCUCUUCCAGAGACUAAGACACCAAUCUGGAGAGCGCCAUGGGCCUCCGGACCACUAAACAGAUGAGGAGAAGCACAAAACAAGCCUCUGGUCACCACGAGGAUCAUAUGGCAAAGGAGCCAGUGGAAGACACGGACCCUAGCACUUUAUCCUUUAACGUGUCAGACAAAUACCCCAUUCAAGAUACAGGACUCCCUAAAGCUGAGGAAUGUGAUCCAAUUACUUUGAACGGCCCAACAAAUUCUGAUGCGCCACAUGAGGUAAGAAUCAUUUUGGUUCUAUUUUCACCCUUAGGCUGUUGGCUGCGCUUCAAAGGCAGCCCCGUGGGUGAAGAAAACACAGAUAAAGGCAAAGCGAUGAUAAGGACCGAGGAGAUGGACGCGUGCGCUCGCUGCCUUGCUGACGUGGGGACUGUGUUGUCUGUUUCUGCAGAUAUAAGCAGAGGCGAGUCCUGCAAGGAGGACUGCACUUGUUCCGCCUGCUCGCUCCGGGCCCCCACCAUAAGUGACUUACUCAAUGAUCAGGACUUACUAGACGUCAUCAGGAUAAAGCUGGAUCCGUAUCACCCGACAGUAAAAAACUGGAGGAAUUUCGCAAGCAAAUGGGGCAUGCCCUAUGACGAACUGUGUUUCCUGGAGCAGAGGCCUCAGAGCCCCACCUUGGAGUUCUUGCUCCGGAACAGUCAGAGGCCGGUGGGCCAGCUGAUGGAGCUCUGCAGGCUCUACCACAGGGCCGACGUGGAGAAGGUCCUGCACAGGUGGGUGGAUGAGGAGUGGCCCAAGAGGGGGCGUGGAGACCACCCCAGGAACUUCUAGACCUCUCUGCUUCCCGCUGGCCUCUUUGGACAUUGAAACAGCCACAGGUUAAGGAGGAAUGUGGAUCUGUUCUUUCUUGAGGGUUUAGGAUGAGGACACAUGACAGUGGACAUUGGUUUUCCCCAAAGCUGGUGGUUUUUUUUUUGGAGGGGUAGGUUGUGUCUUGGUGGUGGAUUUUUGUUCGUUUAGUUUUGCACAUCUGUUUUAAUUUAACAUUUGAAUCUGGAAUUGGGAAAAAUACUUUGUAGACUCACAUAGGGACCAGGGCCAAAGACUACAAUCAGAAUGGACUCGUGCCAUGAUGAAAAUAAAAUUAUCCUCUCCCUUAAAUACUGUGGAAGAUUGAAAUAAGAACUAAGAUUGUUGAUGGCCCCAGUUGAUCAUCGUCCAUAGGAUCCUUCAUGCUGGACGGGACACCCACAGCUUAGAAGAAAACAUAAGGGACAUUAAAGCCUUGGUUUGCGAGUAUCAUUCGUGCCAGAAACAUGCUUGUAAUCCAAAACACUUGUCUGUCAAAGCAAAUUUCAAGAACCCUUGGCUCAGUUGUGACCAUGUGACAUUCAGCGUCACGUACGACUCAUAUGGCAAGACAUCGCUCGUUUAUCAAGUUAGAAUUUAUUAGAAGCGUUUGCUCGUCUUGCAGGACACUAGCAGAACGAGUUACUCACAAUCCAAGGUUUUACUGUACUUAGGUGAAGUAGCAGGAUAUUGGUAUUAUGGGGCCAUGCCUUCAGACCACAUGUGCCAUUUUUUUAUUCAAAUACUUUUGUCAUCUGUGCACUGUCAAAAAUGUCAUCUGCUCAAGUAUUUUUGCAAGAAAUGAAAAAUAGUGGUUUGGGGAGGAAAGAGUCAGGCAUCAGGAGGGAGAAUAAGGACCUUAGGAAAGUGUUUCACAAAGAGAGUACACAGAAUGCCCUUUGUUACCCAAGACUUUUUAAAAAUUAACUUAAUAUGUACUUUUCCAUCUUUUGUGUAAGGCUGAGUGUUUUCACCCAUGAGAUCAAGCUUCGUUAAGAAACAAAUAAAACUCACCAGGCCCAACGUUGGAAUGUAACCGCUUCCAGUACCUACUGUCCCAGCUGGAUACAGAGUCACGAACAAACACUACACAGAGGUUUAGCCAAGAAUGGGGAAUCUUUCACGCUGACGCUGGGGCAGGAGAUCGGCAUCAAAAUCCAACUUUUAAAAGAUUUCAGACCGAAUGAAAAAUUGGUUCCAAAGAAUAUCUGAUGUUCUUAGAUGGUUUUAGGGGGAGGUGAAGUGUGGUUGAUAGAAGGGUUUGCUGCUGGAAAGAUGGGAGGAAAAAGCCCUUUCCCUCCUGCCAUCUCCCCCUCCCCCCUCCCCCCUCUAGGUCUCCACCGUCUCCAAAUGGAGACAGAAAAGAGCAGGUGGUCCUCCACCCUCAACCCCAGCCAUCAUUCCCAUGGUGGGAGGAUGGGAAGGUUCCCUUAUUCCCAGAGACUCCCUCCACCCCCAGUGACACAAGAGAGAGGGACAGCGCCAGAAGAAAGGGCAGCCUGGUGGAGGAGAGGAUUGGAAUAACAACACCCCCACCACGGCGCCCUCCCUCCCCUGCUGCGCCAUCUUCCCUGGUCUUCCCCGUCGCCCCCCGCAGUUCCCAGCUCAGUGGAUACUCUGCUCUAUUGAAACCCAUGGCACAUCACAUACCACCCUCGGUGGCUUGGAGCAGUAGCUGGGGGACGUGGCCUUCUAAAUUUCCAUUC